CUUAGGCUACUUGCCUGACGGCACACCAAUGAACAGGGCUGGCAACGCGAUCAACCAUCCGGAGACCAUUGGACCAGAUCCACACACUCCGGGUUCUCCGUUGCCCCGUGCUCUCUUCUGCAAUUCCGUGGGCUACCUGCCGGAUGGCACACCGAUGAACGCUGCAGGCAAUGCUUUGAACCACCCUGAGACAAUGCAGCCAGACAUGCACACUCCCGGCUCCCCAUUGCCACCAUCCCACUACUAUGCCGACGUGGGCUACUUGGUGGAUGGAACGGACAUGGCCACUGCUGGUAAUCUGUCUGUGCAGGGGGAUGUGAUGCAUGGCAUCAAGUUCCCUUACUCGAUUCAGAAGGAUGCAUGUGUGGAUUUGGAGUUCCUCAACGAUGUGGGCUACUUGCCUGACGGCACACCAAUGAACAGGGCUGGCAACGCCAUCAACCAUCCGGAGACCAUUGGACCAGAUCCACACACUCCGGGUUCUCCGUUGCCCCGUGCUCUCUUCUGCAAUUCCGUGGGCUACCUGCCGGAUGGCACACCGAUGAGCGCUGCAGGCAAUGCUUUGAACCACCCUGAGACAAUGCAGCCAGACAUGCACACUCCCGGCUCCCCAUUGCCACCAUCCCACUACUAUGCCGACGUGGGCUACUUGGUGGAUGGAACGGACAUGGUACUUCUUGAGGUGUUUGCGGCUUUGGGUUUGCCUUCUGAGAGGGCCAUUUCGAUUGCAGACCACGGAUGUCGUUUGGGCAUCAAAGUGCGGUGCAAUGCGCAGGGCCACGUGACGUUUCUGGAUUUGUCAGAUAUGAAGCUGAACGGAAGGCUCUCUGAAAAGCUGGGGCAGCUGUCAGCACUGGAAGAGAUUUACAUGGAUCACAACUUUCUGCGAGAUUCCAUUCCCUCACAGCUGGGUCAUCUUGCAUCUUGGAUGUCGUGCAUUGCGGAAAAAGAAAUGGGAAAACUGGACGUUUUCCACCGUUGCCUCUGUGGCUCCAGCAAUUUGGUUCGACUGCGCUCAACGCUCGAUCUCGCUGAUCUCCCUGAUCUCCGACCUGGAAAGCAUUCGACCAAGAUGUCGUACUUGGCCCUGGCCGCUGUCGGUCUCGCCUUCCUGCUGCCAUCCUCUUUUAAUUUCGCAGCACCCUGGGUGCCGACCGGCACGACUGGCACCUCCGGCCCCGGCGUGGCUUCCGGACGCCUCCCAGCGAUACCGCAAAGCACGGCCAUGCCGGGCGGUGCGAUGUAUGGCAUGGCUCUUUUGGCGACCUGUGCAUCUGGGCUCCUGGCCCGUAAGCGCAAGGCCAAGGUGACUCGCCAGGAGUCUUUGCAUGGCAUCAAGUUCAGCUACUCCAUUCAGAAGGACGAUGACCCGCUGACGCUGGAUUAUCUUGAGCACGAUAAAACUGUCAAAACGGCAAAAUGGCGCCAUGCGGAAUUUGUGAACCGCAGCUUUGGUUGCCAGGAUGCGUAUGCUGACUUGGAGUUCCUGAACGAUGUGGGUUGCGUGGCUGAAACUGAACAACGCUACUUGCCUGACGGCACGCCAAUGAACAGGGCUGGCAACGCCAUCAACCAUCCGGAGACCAUUGGACCAGAUCCACACACUCCGGGUUCUCCGUUGCCCCGUGCUCACUUCUGCAAUUCUGUGGGCUACCUGCCAGAUGGCACACCGAUGAACGCUGCAGGCAAUGCUUUGAACCACCCUGAGACAAUGCAGCCAGACAUGCACACUCCCGGCUCCCCAUUGCCACCAUCCCACUACUAUGCCGACGUGGGCUACUUGGUGGAUGGAACGGACAUGGCCACUGCUGGUAAUCUGUCUGUGCAGGGGGAUGUGAUGCAUGGCAUCAAGUUCCCUUACUCGAUUCAGAAGGAUGCAUGUGUGGAUUUGGAGUUCCUCAACGAUGUGG